GUAGUACCUAAUGGCGCUGCGCUCUCUUUUGAGAAAUACGCCGUCCCUUGGUGCUAUCAGGCGGCCUGGCAAGCCGCUGUCUUCGGUGGUGGGUUCUGUGCUUAUGCCCAACAAUCUUCUUGAUUCCUAUUAUUCCGAAGAAGUGCUGACCAGACAGAGGGAAAAAGUAAAUCGUCUGCUCGUGGACUAUAACACCAUUCGCCAGAAGCUAAACCAAGACAUGGAUUCUUUUCUUGAGUUUGUAAGGCGUGAUUCUAAUGAAUUAUCAAGGUUACAAAAUAUAGUGGAUAUAUUUGAGAAGACAAUUCAUGUUGUUUUCUUUGGCGUCCCAGUAGUUUUUCUGACGAUUGGUAUAAAGUAUGAGAUUGACAUCUUGGUGUAUCUCCCUUUGAGCCCUUGGAGGUGGAAGAGGUAAUGGCUUUGAUGAUGUCGAUCUUUGACCGUGGGCUGGACAGCAUUCCCCUCCGUAUCUUUAAGGAAAUUCGGGUUCUCCAUUAAGGAUUUCCUUGUGAGGAUGUUCCUAGAUUUGUUUUUUUCAUAUGAUUGUGUGUACAACUAAUGUCCGCCCUUUAAGCCCUAAGAGGUGGAAAGGAGUUAUGGCUUUGAUGCUGUCGGUCUUUGACCGUGGACUUGAUAGCUUUCCCCCUCCUUAUCUUUAAGUAAAUUCCGAUUCUCCAUUAAGGAUUCCGUUGUGAGCAUGUUCUAAGAUUUUGUUUUUGC